AUGAUUAAGCGUUGUGUGUUUUUGUUGUUAAUUUUUGGAUUAUUAAACAGACAAGUAUCAGCGGCUGGAGGAUGGCUGCUCUGUUACAAGUGUAACAGUAACCAACCAGGGUGUGGAACUCCCUUUAAUUGGUUGUGGUACUGGGGAGAGUACUGUCCAGAACCUGAUGAUGUGUGUGUUAAAGUUAUAGAACGCAAAGGAGCCGAGACUUUGAUAACUCGUGACUGCUUGAGCUCCCUGAAAGACUUCCGUACCGAUAUACCUGCCGAUCACUACGAAGGUUGUCGUCCAGCUGCCAAGGACGUUCGCCUGGGCCACUUCGUCAACAACACCAUCAAAGAGCUGGAUAUUCACCGGGACUACUACGAUGAAGUCAACUGGUGCUUCUGCUACUUCGACAAUCGGUGCAAUUCUGCAACCGGUUUGCAGUCAGCGAAGUUUAUCAUUCCUGUAGCUUUACUCUCUUUAAUUUACAAAUUUAGUUAUUAA